AUGAUACGUUCGAUCAAACGAACUGCUCGUUCAAAGGACGAAAUGCGUCGAAAAGAAGAUUUUUUCCGUCGACACAAUACGACUUACCUGAACGUCCGCAUUCUGAACGACCUUCUGCACAGGUUCGAGACGCUCGCUGAAGAAGACGAAGAGGAUGCGCAAAAGAUCUCCAAGUCUGUCUAUCAGUAUGCUCUGAGGUGCCUCGAUUCAUUUUUGGCUUUAAGUUUCUCGGUAGCUGAGAACCGCGUUGAGAUUACGCGUUAUGCAGAUGCUCGUAUUGUGCGAACUUUCCUUUUCCUCCAGCAGGGUAGUUUGAUCGAGAUGCGAAAUGCAUGUCAGAUUCUAGGAGCCGAGUUCCGCGAUAUCGCCGCGUCCAAUCGACAAGUCAAUGGCGCGAAUAAUACGGGCACUCUGCGACCUCGUCCGCUUAAAGCGCGUCGAUUUCAGCAAUCACCACCCCAGCGCAAUGGUUCCUACCAGAUGCCACCGCCAGUAAUAUUGCACAGCAACGACAAUAGUAGGACAAAUACCCUUACGAGCAUCAGUUCUGCAACACCUCGUUACGAAGAGGCAGACGAAGACAGCCGAUUCGCAAGGAUCUUCGACAAGCUCAGAGCGGCAUGUGAAAACUGCGAGACUUCCAUACCACAGAUUAUAGAUCGUCUCACGAACACCCACAGACAAAUUUCGAAAGAUUUAGACUCUGAGGACCCGAGACUAAAGGUGCUAGGAGGCUUGAUUGAGAAAAGUCACGAAGUACAGCACAUAUCGAGCCGACUCUGGGAUCGCUUGAGAUACAUGCAGUUUGGCGACCAUUAUGUUCGUGAUCAACCAGAGUUCUGGCAACAGUGCAUGGGUUUCAUCAAGGCUUGGGGUGAUUUGGCCACAGCCAGUACAGCACAAGGUCGAAACAUGGGCCUGCUUAGUUCCGAGGUCAAACAGUUGAUGAAGCCCCUACAUAAGACGGUCAAAGAUGCUAGUUUCGUUAUCCACGAUUCUCCCUGGUCACAUCUUACGUCGAAUAACCCUGGACUCAUGUCUUCGCUUUCGUCUUUCACGUCCAGAACCCAGCCUCCAAGGUUCCUGAGCAAGUCAACCAUGAGUUCUGGCACAGGACUCUCACUCCCGGGUCCGAUAAACACCUCCAUCACCAACCUGAACUCGGCUUAUGCACAGCCUUAUUCCACGGCCAGUGUAGGGUCACAAGGUUCGGGGGGGUAUGUUACCCCGGUGCCGGCAACACCUCUGAGUGCUGCCUUAGGCGCCGCUGCGCAAGCAACGAUUCCGAACACGCCAAAUCAUCCUCCGCAUCUAUCCACCAGCACGAUCAACUUCAACGAGCGUGCUGACCGGUUCUUGAGUCAGACCGCUCGGCGCAUAUGA